AUGUUCAAAACUGAAUCCAACGAGAAGUCAGUGAAUGACAGCUCUGUUGACAACACAAUGUCUCCACUCGACGCCACUGCACGUCAUACCAUGUACUCAGCAAACGCUAAGAUCGUGAAGCCUUUGGGCGAAAAAGUCGAUGAAUUCGAGUCCUCUAUAUCUCAGGCUUUACUCGACCUCGAGAUGAAUAGUGACCUGAAGUCACAGCUGCGGGAACUGCACAUUACGGGCGCCAAAGAAGUGGAUGUGUCGGGAAAGAAGGCAAUCAUUAUCUUCGUUCCGGUGCCACAACUGAAGGCUUUCCAGAAACUGCAGACAAGAGUUGUGCGCGAAUUGGAGAAGAAGUUUAGCGGAAGACAUGUGGUGUUCAUCGCUAAGCGAACUAUUCUCCCGAAGCCGACCAGAAAAUUGAAGUCUAAGAACAAGCAGAAGAGACCCCGAAGCCGAACUCUGACUGCAGUCCACGACUCAGUUCUCGAAGAUCUAGUAUUUCCGGCGGAAAUCGUUGGCAAAAGGAUUCGGAUUCGUUUGGACGGCUCGCGACUCAUAAAAAUCCAUUUGGAUAAGACAUCCCAAACCACGAUUGAACACAAAACCGAUACAUUCGCCGCAGUCUAUAAGCGAUUGACCGGAAAGGAGGUCACCUUCGAGUUCCCGGAACCGCUAUUUUAGAGAUUAUGUAUUGAAACAAUUCUUAAGCGAAUAAUAAACAAUUGAUAAAAAAUA